ACACAGCAAAUGCAUUUGUGCAUGUGUUUGUAUAUGAUUGAGUAAAUGGUAUUAUACUCUGUAUGUUGUUUGGUGUUAGCUUUAUAUGUAUGUAUAUGUGCAUGUUAUUAACAUGUGUUUAUGACUGCAUAUUACCACUUUGUGUUUGUUUCAGUGUACAUGGAUAUUUGUAUGUGUAAUGCGUCUGUAUGUGUAUCUAUGUACGUGAGUGUAGAAAGAAGUAGUGGUGAAAGUGCAUUUAGGUGAAUGCAUAUGUGUGCUAAUUUACUAAUCACUAAUCUUUUAUUACAUUGAUUGAUUUUAAUAAAGUUGAUAGCGAAAGUGAAAGUUAGUCUUCCUUCAGCAGAUGGCAAAAGUCACUGAACAUAUUUGAUCCUUCACUACCUUGAUGAAGGGCAAAGAACUUCUUUUAUUAUAAUUCCAUCAUGUCUAAAACACUUUACUGGAAUAUUUUACAAACCCUUAGCAUUUGACCAAUACUUUACUUCAUCGACCCCCAGGAAAAUGAAAGGCAAAAUUGAUACCAUCAGGAUUAGCUCUCAGAAAAAAAAGACUUGUAACUGAACACUGUAGACAUGUUACCUAAUAUUUUAAGGAUUUUGCCUCUCCACUGCCAUCAUGUUUGCCAGGAAGUGCUACAAAUACAUAAGCUUUCUUUAAGCUAAAGAACAUUCCAAGCCUUCAUGAAUUGUGGUUUGUACAGCCUUUCUUUUGAAAAGGACAUGUUGAUGUAUUACAUAGGAACAUCAAGAUGCAAAAGCAAGUAUUAUUUCUAAUCCUCUCAGCUGUAUGCACAACAUUGUGCAUUGAUCUUAUCUACCAUGUUAAGGAGACGAAUAAUCCAAUUACGUAUCUGGGAGAUGUAGCCACUGAUAUUCAGUCUGAAAAGGGAAUCCUUUCAAACAGGCACAAAUUGAUUUGGUUUAGCCAAUUACAACAGGGUGGUAAUGCAAAUUUCCAUCUGUUCAAUGUCACCCAAACAGGUAAACUCUAUGCCAUUCAACCUUUAGAUGCAGAAAUUCUUUGUGAAUAUGAUAAAGAAUGUUCUAGAAUAAUUGUUGUUGCAGUGAGGUUCCAACAAUCGUUUAUUAAGAUAUUAGAAAUAAAAGUUAUAAUAAGUGAUGUGAAUGAUCAUAAACCUGAGUUCCUAAAGGACCAAAUUUUACUUCGGUUCUCUGAAGGGGAUGGGAAAGGCAUCACUAAACACAUACCUAAUGCAGUGGACAAAGAUGUGGGUGCUUUGAACUCUCAGAUUAAUUACAAACUUCUAAAACAUGAAGGUGAUCCAUUUGAACUCACAGUUUCUGAAAAUGUAGACAGCACAUCAACUCUUGGUAUAAGACUGAAUGAAAGAAUUGAUCGAGAGAAAAAUGAUUCAUAUAAAAUUCAAAUUAUUGCAGAAGAUAGUGGAUUUCCAUCGCAGAAAAGCCAGUUAGAAAUUUUGAUAACAGUGGAAGAUAUUAAUGACAAUGCCCCAUCUUUUGUUCAGAAUGUAUACAAUAUAACUGUUAUAUAUAAGCAUCAGUGGAGCAAACCAAUAGCCACAUUGUCAGCUAUUGAUCAAGAUUCUGGAGACAAUGGGAAAAUUUCCUACCACUUCAGUACAAAAACUUCAAUGAUAAAUAGAUCUUUUUUUCAAUUGAAUGAAAAAACAGGUCAACUUUUCUUUACAGAAAAUUUCAAUUCUAAAUUGAACCAGUCAUGCAAGCUUUUCAUCAAAGCUACAGAUCAAGGUAACCCACCUCUUAGUUCCAUAGCACUGAUGCUGGUAAACAUUAUAAACCAACAAAACAAGGCACCAAAAAUAGAUAUAAAUUUCAUCUCAAAAGAAAAAGAAGAAAAGGUGUAUAUUUCUGAAGCGAUUGAAAUUGGCAGCUUCAUUGCAUUUGUUAAAAUUACAGAUGAUGAUGCUGGAAAAAAUGGAGAAGUUUAUUGUAAGCUCAGAGCUAAGAAAUUUGAACUCGAGAGUUUAGGUUCAAAUAAAUAUAAAGUGAUUCUCAAAGAAGAAAUAGAUCGAGAACUGGAAGUCAGUGUAAAUUUCACCAUUUCUUGUAGAGAUCAUGGGACGCCUCCUUUAGAGACAAACAAGUCAGUUAUUAUAGAACUAGAAGACAUCAAUGAUAUGAGACCAGAAUUUUCUAAAGAUGAAUUUAAAUUUUCCGUGCAUGAAAAUCAGAAGCCAAAUUUCCCCAUUGGACUUGUCAGUGCAAAUGACUUAGAUUUAGGCCCAGGAGGGCAGCUGUCUUAUUUCUUGUUAUCAAAGAAGGGAGAACGUCUGCCUUUUGAAAUUUCUGACUUUGGUUUCAUUUCAACGACAGACGCUUUAGACCGAGAAGAACAAGAAGAAUAUCAUUUUCAAAUACUUGUGAAAGAUAAAGGGAUUCCAGUUCUCAAUAAUACUGUAAAUACAACCGUAACUGUCUUGGACCAAAACGACAAUAGUCCUUACUUUAUUUUCCCCCGUCACUCCAAUUUUAUAAUGGACGUUUAUUUUUACUCUUGGGGAUCCAGAAACAUAACUGUUCUCAGAGCUGUGGAUGAUGAUAUUAACAUUAAUGCCUUUCUUCAAUAUGAAAUAUCAGCAGGUAAUCAAAAGAAUUUAUUUCAGCUUGACAAAUACUCAGGUGUGCUCUCUUUUACGCGGCAACUAUUCCAGAAAGAUACCGGGUUGUAUCACCUUGAAAUCAUUGCUAAAGACAGUGGCUCACCUAUAUUAGCCACAUCAACUAAUUUAUCCUUAAAAGUGACUGUUAGUAAUGCUACCUCUUCGUUUUCAAGCAUGUUUCUACAGCAAGAGCCCCAUAGUGUACGCAUCUAUCUCGUACUAAUUGUGAUAUUCGUGGCUCUUGCACUCUCAGUAAGCAUUGUCGUAAUUACAGCACUUUGUGUCGUACGAACUAACAAACAAAGAAACUUACUGUGUUAUCAGAGGAAAAAUGCCUCAUCACAGUCUCUUAAAGGAGUGAAGCAACAGGAACAUUUAUACCAACCUGCAGCAAAUGAUUCGUAUUCACAGGAUUUUAAUUCAAAACAAGAAUCUUGCAAGCAGCAUGAGUUAGCCUACAGCUGGAAAGGUUCCACUCCCAGAAUACAUAGUGAUAUGCAAACAGAAAGGAAACAUCAAAACUUCCUUGAUGAUAUGGUCAUAAUAUAUGAUGGGCCAAGAAUACAAAGUUCUUUUAAGCCAGAAUUUCUCGGAAAUUACAAUGAAAUGUCAGAGGUAUCCUCCUGUAAUUACACUGGACAUGGCUGGACUGAAGCAGAUGCUAAUCACUAUGAAGAACUCCUUGAUAUCUAUGCUUUUCCCAUCAAACACCAGAACAGAAAAACAUCUUGCAAGUCUUUGAGUAAAUCAAUUGAGGACCAAAAUUUUAUGUACAGAGAAACAAGUGACAACAUGGCAUAUGGCAGCAGUUCUAAUUUGUCUUCAAAGCCAAAACCUGGUUCAAUGUUUUGCACUAAGCCCCUACCUGAAAUACCACAGAAAAUGUUUCCAUCGACUUCCCUCAAUGUGUAACCGAUAUAAAGUAAAAACUUGAUACAUUCCUCAUUUGGCAGAACAUUAAAAAAAAAAUAUCUGAGAGAUAUUUUUAUGAAGUGUAUACUUUUCAAAAAUAGUUUAACUUCAUAAAAAA